CUCUAUUAUGCCCAAACCUGGUCACUGUCCAAAAUAUUUUGAGUCCUUCGCACCGUUGAAACCAUGUCACAGUGACAGAGACUGCCCUGGAUCUGACAAAUGUUGUGUAUUUGACUAUGGAUCUGGCUGCGCCCCACCUAUUUUUCUACAACCAGGGAUUUGUCCAAGAGGACCUCUGAAUAAACCACCAAUAGCACCACAAUGUGACAAUGAUGAGGACUGUUCUGGAGAUGAGAAAUGCUGCUUCAAUGGGUGUGGACAUCAGUGCAUGUAA